AUGUGUCAUCCUCUCUCUCAGCAUUCGCUCCAACAUUCUCAGGAUAACUUCACUCAGAAACCAUCGCAGAGUGAAAAGGAGUCAAGUUUUUCCUCUUCAAGUGCAGCAGGAUCGACAGCAGGCGUCCACCUUCACCAACACAGUUAGGAGGUCAUUUGGGCACAAAGUGCAUAACAAAGUCGAGCUCGGAGUCAGGAUCAGAGGAUGAGGAGUGGAGCGGUGUUGUGUGCGCUGAGCCUGCUGUGCCUCCAGGGCUCUGCGAUCGGGCAGGAACCGGAAGCGGUCCAGGCCUUCUGCGAUGACCCCGCUGUGGAGAAAGCUGUCCACAGCGCCUUGCACAAGUUCAAUGAGCAGCUGAGCUCUGGUCACAAGCUGGCUCUUUUUCAGAUACUGUCAGCUGGAAAGGGGGACAGCGGCUCAGCCGCCGUGUAUUCGCUGAAGUUCACCAGCAGGAGGACUGACUGUCCCGCAGGAAGCAGCAAACCCUGGACGGACUGUGACUAUUUGCUGUCCGGACACAAGGAGCCAUUUUCUUGCAACGCUACAGUCCACGUGACAGAGACAGAAAGCGACACUAAAGAAGUGGAAUGUGUUUUACACCACAACAUCGUUCCAGAGCGGGCCCCCUGCUUGGGCUGCCCCGAGGAGAUUGAUGAGAACUCAGAGGACCUCAGGGUUCCUGUUACUGCCUCUCUCUCCAGGUUUAACUCUGACUCAAACUCUACUCAUCUUUUCACCCUGCAUGAAAUUGGCCACGCCUCCAGACAGGUGGUUGCAGGCUUCAGGUUCAAGCUGAGAUUUGAUAUGAGGAAGAGUGUGUGCGCCAAGGCUGAACACAAUGAACUCCACGAGCUGUGUAUUGCUGACAUCGAGGAUGUGGAGUUUGUUAACUGUAACUCUACAGUCGAUGUAGCGCCAUGGAGAUUUGAACUCCCAGCAGUCCAGAUGGACUGUGAAGGAGGAGCACUGCCUCCCACGGUUUUCAGCAGACGACGUCCUCCUGGCUGGUCCCCACUCAGGAACUUCCUGUACAGACCUCCCUCUACUGCCUCACCUACACCAUCAACUCCACCCUCACAAGCGCCCUCCAAGGCUACCAAGGAAGAGUCAUCGGAGGAGGACCUUGCCACUUCCAAAAAGUCAGCAUCGCCCACCCACUGCCCUUCCAAGCCCUGGAAACCUUUCAAGCCGGUCGAUGCUGCUUUAGGUGCAGCUCCCACAGUCGCCGACUCCCCACAGCCUUCAGCCUUCAGCGAUAAAGACCUGCUGAAUUAAGUUUAGCCUUAGAGGAGUCACGUUCACAAUAAAAGAAAAAUCUUGCUCGUCAUUUUUACGUUUUUAGGUUUCUUUGCAGACUAGCUCUUCGUUAUAUUACAGAGUUUUUGCAGAAUAAUUUUCAGAGAUGUCAUUAUGGUAUAAUAAGAUAAAGAGCCAAGACAAAAAUGAAUAAAAAAAAUGAGUAAAUUGGAGUGUAAUCUAUUGUUCAGCCUGUAAAACACUCAUCAGAAAGCACUGGAUCACAGGACUAAAAUAAAGAUCUACAUUUAGACAGUUAAAGGUGGCUGGUGUACUUGUUUGUUUAAAAUAAAACUAAAAAUAAAAGGUGGUUUGAUA